UGCUCAGGCCGAGGGAGAGAGAGCGUCUGAAUUUCAAAUGUGCUGUGCGCACCAGAGUUUCGAUGCUUGAUAUUCGUGCUUGCCAACAGAAAUAUACUAACUCGGACAAUAGUUGUUAUUUCUGGCCACCGAGUUUCCCUUUUAAGUGUAGGCGAGAGACAGGGGGCGGUCGAGGGCUGAUGUGCUUGUGUGAGGAUGUGUUCUAGUGUCAGUUGGCUUCUGUGACAAUCGGAAUAGGAUUUGGGUGCUUUUGGAGACAACAUGGUGGGCAGGCAAUAACAUUUGACAGAAGAUGCGACGGGGGCCAUGUCUCUUCAGAUGGCUGGGGAUAAGCAUGGCGCUCCUCUCUCUGACCACCUACAGCUGGGCCCAGAAAACAGAAGACUGGCAGUAUGAGGAAUGUAAACUGUCUCGGUCAGGCCCCCCUGCUACCAUAGUGACCAUCGAUGAAGAGAGCCCCAAUGGCACAGUUCUGGUGGAGAAUAUGCAGAUCAACGGGAGAGCAGAGGACCCAGACAGGACCAUCUCUCUGAUCCUGCUUGACAACUAUGCCUACUGGGUCAUCCUGGAUCCCCUCAGACAGAGACUGUUCCUCAACAGCACCGGGCGUGUCCUGGACAGAGAUCCCCCUUCCUCUAUCACCACAAUCGUGGUGAAGGUCCAGUGCACCAGUGAGCUGGUUGGGACAGUGAUUCUUCACGAGGUCCGGAUUGUAGUCAGGGACAAAAACGACAACACACCUCGCUUUCAGCAGCCACGCUACUAUGUGGCCGUCAACGAGCUCACUCCUGCCGGGACCACCAUAUUCACAGGCUUCAGUGGAGACAAUGGGGCCACAGACAUCGAUGACGGGCCCAACGGACAGAUAGAAUAUGGCAUCCAGUACAACCCCAAUGACCCAGUGUCUAAUACAACUGUGGUUGUAGGGAAUACUCUCUCUGGAAACAUUGUUCUGGCUGAGAGACUAAACUACGAAGAGAAAACACGCUACCUGGUCAUUGUUAAAGCCAAUGACCGUGCCCCGUAUGAUGCCAAUAGGCGGACCGCUACGACCACAUUGACAAUAGAUGUUCUGGAUGGAGAUGACCUGGGCCCCAUGUUCCUGCCCUGUGUCCUGGUCAACAACACCCACGACUGCAACCCAGUCACCUACCGAGUCACCAUACCAGAAUUCACCAAACCGAGUGAACUGAACCCACUGGGGGUGACCCCGCCUAUUCAAGCUGUGGACAUGGACAGGAACAUUCAGCCCCCGUCUAAAAGGCCAGGGAUCCAUUACUACAUACUGGUUGGCCAGCCUUCAAAGUACCCAGACUACUUCUCCCUGAACAAGACGACCGCAGAGCUCCUCCUCUUGAAACCAGUCAGCAGAGACCUGUACACCAAAUUUACCCUCAUCAUCAAAGCUGAGCAGGACAAUGGCCACCCACUCCCAGCAUACGCUGAACUGAUCAUUGAUGUCCUGGAUGAGAACAACCAGGCUCCGUACUUCCAGUUCCAGUCCUACCAGGGAUACGUCAGUGAGUCCUCCCCAGUAGGCACCACCAUCUCUGCCAGCUCCAACCUCACUGCCCCCUUGGGCAUAAUCGCCCUGGACAAAGACAUUGAAGAGAGCAAAGACCCUCUGGUGACGGUGACUCUGGAUGACUUCAGCACCAGCUUUGCCAUAACCCCGACCGGGAUCACCCGCUACCUCCGACUGCUCAAACCUGUGGACAGAGAGAAGCAGAUGACCUACACCUUCACGAUGAUGGCAUCAGAUGGGGUACAGGAGAGCACGCGGGUGACUGUCAACAUCCUGGUGAUUGACGCCAAUGACAACACUCCCACCUUCGGUGAAGUCUCCUACAGCGUUAAGGUGUUCACUGACAUGCAGCAAGGAGAAACAGUACUACAGCUGAUGGCAUUGGAUGCUGAUGAGGGGUUAAACGGUCUGGUGACCUAUGAGAUCCUUGCCGGAGCGCAGGGUGUUUUUAUCAUCAAUAACCGAACUGGACGAAUCACCAUCGCACCCGGGAUAGCCCUUAGCGUGGGCCUUUCUUACGCCCUCACAGUGAAGGCUGCGGACAAUGCACCAGAGAUCCAGAGAAGGAGCUCUAUCACCACGGUGUACAUCGAGGUGCUGCCCCACAACCAGAGCCCCCCACGCUUCCCCCUCUUCAUCUACAACCUGGAGGUCAGCGAGGCCAUGAGGAUAGGAGCCAUCCUGCUCAACCUACAGGCCACAGACAGAGAGAAUGACCCAAUCACAUACCAGAUUUUGAGUGGGGAUACCCAGCAAGUCUUCAACCUCUCUAAAACGAUAGGCCUGCUGCUUUUGGGGAAGCCUCUGGACAGGGAGACAACUGACCAGUACCGUCUCAUCGUCACUGCCUCUGAUGGCAACCCAGGCGGGACCUCCACCACCACAGUGAACAUAGUGGUGACUGAUGUAAAUGAUAACGACCCUAAGUUUGACCUGACCCUGCCCAGGAACCUCACUGUCCAGGAGGAGAAGGCCAACGUGUUUGUGGGUCAAGUCACGGCCACAGAUCCAGAUGCAGGGGCUAAUGGUCUGGUGCGCUACAAGAUAGUCAACCACCCAGGUCUUUUCACCAUCACUGAGAACGGCAGCAUAUCCACCGUGGUGCCUCUGGACCGAGAGGUCAGGAGUCAGUAUGACCUCAUAGUGGAGGCCUCAGACGGAGCGGUGGACCCCCGCAGGACCACCUUCACCCUCUCUGUCCAGGUGACAGACAUCGAUGACAACAGCCCAGAGUUUUCCCAGAAGACCUACGUGGUCAAUGUUCCAGAGAACAGCCCUGUGGGUACCGUGGUGCUGCGCCUCAGUGCGGUGGAUGCAGACCUGUUCUCUAACAUAACAUACCGUAUCAAAUCUGCGGAGGCCAGGAAGCUUUUCUCAGUGAACCCGAUCUCGGGCGAGCUGUUGGUCCUGCAGACGCUGGACUUUGAGGACCUGGCUAGUAUGGGCAUGGGGACCAACUAUACCUUCCAGGUGGAGGCCGUGGACCAGGCAGGGACAAUGCCCCCCGGCGAGGCCACCGUCACUGUUCGGAUCACGGAUAUGAAUGACUUCUCUCCGGUGUUUAGCCAAGCGCUGUACAAGGGCCUGGUGGCCCCCAACGCAGAGAAGGGAACGGUCAUCGCCACUGUGUUCGCUGAGGACCAAGACCCUCCUGGUACUCCAGCCAGUCUGGUGCGUUACAGAGUGGACGAGGACCAAUCACCUUACAGCGGUAGCAUCUUUGACGUGGAGAAGGGAUCUGGGAGGGUCAUCACCAGGGUCAACCUCAACGAACAGCCCAGCGUCACCUUCAAGUUGGUGGUGAUAGCGUUUGACGAUGGAGAGCCAGUGAAGGAGAACCGAACCCUGGUGGAGAUCACUGUCCUCCAGCCCUCCAGGAUCCCCAUCUUCACUCAGGAGGAGUACAGGUUUGCUCCUGUCAGUGAGCUGGCCCCAGUAGGCACACCAGUGGGCAGCAUCCUGGCAGCCGCCAUGAACCAGACAAUCUUCUACUCCAUCGUGGGAGGAAACGAAGGCGGUGAGUUCCAAGUGAGUAACCGGACAGGUGUGAUCUCCACGGCUAAGCCUCUGGAUUAUGAGACUGUCACCAGCUACGUGCUCAGGGUUCAAGCUGACUCCAUGGUCGUGGUCAUGGCCCAACUGCGGGUUCCCUCUAAAUCCAACACAGCCAAGGUGUUUAUCGAGGUGCGGGAUGAGAACGACCACCCGCCUGUCUUCACCAGAAAGCUCUACAUCGGUGGCGUGGCUGAAGACGCCAAGACCUUCUCGUCUGUGCUGAAGAUAGUGGCCACUGAUGCAGAUACAGGGAACUACAGUGCCAAUGCGUACCGGCUGAUCAUCCCGCCCACGACAGAUGGUCAGGACAGCUUUGUGAUCGAGCAGUACACGGGCAUCAUCAAGACGGCCAUCAUGUACCGCAACAUGCGCAGGUCCUACUUCAAGUUUGCAGUCAUCGCCACCGACAACUAUGGAAAGGGCCUGAGCAGCAGCGCUGAUGUGGUGGUGUCUGUGGUCAACCAGCUGGAUAUGCAGGUGGUGGUGUCCAAUGUCCCGCCCACUGUCGUGGAGGAGAAUAAAGAGCAGCUUAUUGCUAUUCUGGAGCGAUACAUCCAGGACCAGAUCCCAGGAGCUAAGGUGGUGGUGGAAUCCAUUGGGCCGCGGCGGUUCGGAGAUGGCUUUGACCAGGAGGAUUACACCAAGUCAGACCUGAUGGUGUACGCCAUCGACCCACUGACCAACAGGGCCAUCUCACGUCAGGAGCUCUUUAAGUUUCUGGACGGGAAGCUGCUGGAUAUCAACAAGGAGUUCCAGCCGUUCCUGGGUCAAGGAGGACGCAUCCUGGAGAUCCGUACGCCCGACAUCGUGGCCAGCGUGAAGAAGGCUGCCCAGGCUGUGGGCUACACAGAGGGGGCGUUGCUCGCCCUCGCCAUCAUCAUCAUCCUCUGCUGCAUCCCCGCCAUCCUCAUCAUCAUGGUCACCUACAAACAAUUCAAAGAGAGACAGGCGGAAUGUGCCAAGACUGCGAGGAUUCAGCAGGCUCUGCCAGCGAGCAAGGCUGCUGCUCCACGUGCCCCAACAGCCAAUAUCUACGGGGAACUAGGGGACAGCAGCACGCGAGGAUACGGAAGAAAGCAACUGCUGAGGCCAUCUCUGCUGAGACCUGAGGAGCUCUCCAUGGAGUCAGGCAUCGACCCAGGCCAAGACUACUACAGGGACGAAUACCAAAAUUACGACCAGGGGUAUGACCUUCCUCAGUAUGGCAGUCGCAGGAAGCUGAUCUCUCCCAUGUAUGAUGAGUAUGGAGAGCUGAUUAUGGAGGAUGACUACUACAGCCCACAUGGGUCUGAGCCUGGAGUGAGAAGGAAGCGGAUCAAGCUGGUUGUGGACAGGGAGUAUGAGACCAGCUCCACAGGAGAGGACAGCGCUCCUGAACCCCAGAGGAACCGCCUGUCUAACAUCAACAGCCACGCUAACAUCAACGGGAACGUCUACUUCGCCCAGAACGGGACCAUUGUGCGGACCAGGAGGCCUAGCCACCCCAACAAUCUCAAGGUGGGCUCCCCGGGCCGCUUGGGAAAACAGUUUAAAAAGUUGGACAUGCUGACUGAGACUCAGGAAGAGAAGCUUCCUCUAAACAGCGUAGGGGAACCAGUAACAGGAAAUGGAACAGGUGCACUAACAGGCAUUUCCUCAACCGUUGACAUUAACCUCAACACCCGGCCGUCCAGCGGGUCCCUGGGGUCCAUCAUCACGGGCCUUGACAGUAUUGGGUCCAAAUCCAAUAUUGCCAAGGCCCUACAUGACAGGAACAGUAGGAGUAACUGUUGUGUAGAUGAGCAGGAGUCGUGUGUGGACAACAUGGCGUCGAAAGAAACGUUGACGUCCCGCAGUGACCACACGCUGUCGGAUGAGGAGGAGCUGUGGAUGGGGCCUUGGAACAGCCUGCACAUACCAAUGACUAAAUUAUGACAUAUGGACUGCUGAGAGUUUAUAUUUUUCUGUUGACAAAGUUGACCCUGCAUUUAAUGUGUUGAGAUAUGGGAGCAACAAAUGAUUGUAUGCCUCUGCUGUAUAAGCGCCAAUCACUGUCCAAGACUAGCAGUGUGAUUGCGCUAACAGUAUUAUUUCAUUAUUCUUAUGAAUGAUGACUUUUGAUAUGGUGAUGUUUAAUGUGUCAAAUACAUAUCCCUGAUAGAGCUAUUAUACAAUCGGUCAACUUGCUAUGAAGCAAUGCUUGUCUCAAAAAAAUGUAUGAAAAGUCAUGAAUGGUGAUUGGCAUUAUCCAUCAAAUGUACCUCGAGGACCUUUGUCUUGCUGGAUGUUGCGCAAUAUGUUUUAUAAGUAUUUUCUGGAUUUAGAGGUGAAGGAUUUUUGGAGCCCACAUACUUUAUAAUACAGAGAAAUAUAAUGAGGUUCAUUAAGAAAUUAUAUGUAUUUUGCUAAAAUUGCGUUUUAUUUGUAAAUAAUGAAAUAUUCUGAUUUGAUUAUUUUGUGUUUGAUUCAUUUCCAAUAUUUUGACGUCUUAUCAGAAAGUUUAUGGAAUUAUUGUUGUCUUUUACUAUCAGAGUAUUGGGGAACAUUUGGACUUGUAACCAAUGACAUAGAAGUAAUGCAAACAUGUCUAUCAAUAUUUCAACAAAGAAAUAUGUUAAUAUUGUCAUCAUUUAAACUAUAUUGUUUUUAACAGACAUGUGUAUCUACAUGAUGUGGUAUUUUCAGUCCCUUAAAAAUUUGAUGCAAAACCAUUCUGUUUGAGAAAUGUUCUAAAUACAUCAGGUCCCUGCAGAUGGGGAAACACUACCAAAUAAUGUUUCAAUCUCAACAAUAAAGUUUUAACGUGCAAUUA